GCGACGCUAGCUUGUGUGCCGUGGUACAGAUUCAGAUAAACCUCCUCCAUGUAGACAUCAUAGAGGUUGUCUGCAUUGACAAUAAACGCCACAGCGGUACAUUGAGGUCGUGUCGGUCAAUAGGAGAGUUUUGAUAAAAUAGCUAUAUAUAUAUAUAUAGAGCAAGCUAAAUAAUAGGCUAAACCAUCAAAUAAAAUUAUUGUGUCUUGUCAGGUCUUGGAGGACGACUCGGAACUAGCUAGCUAGCCAGUGCUAGCUAAGAUAUUUAGACGCUAACUGAACCCUGGUGCUAAACCGAACGUGUAAAUUAACGUUAGCUAGUCUAUUAGCUAAAUUAAACGGAGAGGAACGGUUACUGUAAAUUACAAAACUAAGUAAACAGCUUGGGGAAAAAAAAACGUUUCAUAGAAUCGUUGAGUGCUUUUUCAGUUGGUUGCUAGUUAACUUAAACGUAAGUCCUUCUGCAGGUAGGUGACGUUGAAGAGCGGCGAUGGACUUCGUUGCUGGAUGCAUUGGAGGUGCAGCUGGAGUCUUGGUUGGACACCCAUUUGACACAGUUAAGGUGAGACUGCAGGUCCAGAGUAUUGAUAAGCCUCUGUACCGUGGGACCUUUCACUGUUUCCAGUCCAUCAUACGGCAGGAGACGGUAUUUGGUUUGUACAAAGGCAUCGGAUCCCCCAUGAUGGGCCUUACAUUCAUCAAUGCUAUAGUGUUUGGUGUUCAGGGUAACACCAUGCGGAUGCUGGCACAGGACACCCCCAUGAACCAGUUCCUUGCUGGUGCAGCAGCAGGUGCCAUCCAGUGUGUCAUCUGCUGCCCCAUGGAGCUGGCUAAAACCCGCAUGCAAAUGCAGGGUACUGGGGAGAAAAAGUCUUCUAGGAAGUUGUACAAGAAUUCCCUGGACUGCUUGGCACGCAUCUACAAUCGGGAGGGUCUGCGGGGCGUAAACAGAGGCAUGGUCACAACAUUAAUCCGCGAGACACCUGGCUUUGGAGUGUAUUUCCUGGCCUAUGAUGUGAUGACGCGCAGCCUUGGCUGUGAGCCGGAUGACCGCUACAUGAUCCCCAAGCUGCUGUUUGCAGGGGGCAUGGCUGGCAUCGCCUCCUGGCUAUCCACCUACCCUGUGGAUGUGAUCAAGUCGCGGCUGCAGGCAGACGGGGUGGGUGGAGUCAACCAGUACAGCGGCAUUGCUGACUGUGUGCGACAGAGUAUCAGGAGAGAAGGCUACAUGGUGUUCACACGAGGCCUCACCUCCACGCUGCUGCGGGCGUUCCCUGUGAACGCCACUACCUUUGCUACCGUCACCCUUAUCCUCAUGUACGCCCGGGGGGUGGAGGAAGGACCUAAAGACUGUGAGCAGGCUCAGCCAGGCCACCACACACAGAUUCAGCAGCAGGCCCAACCCUCCAGCCUGUGACAGCAGAGGUCUCAACCUGAGCACUUUACAGGAGCAUGGAUUAUAGAAACAUACCAACCCUUUAUAAAUGUCUGACUCAGUCUCACAUCAGACCAGCAA